AUGUCUACUCCACGAGAAAAUGACAACUAUGCCAGCUCUUCGCCAAUAUUCAAACCACUUCUUCAUGAAUUUCUGAAAAGAAGUUCCAGUUGUAAUCGCAUCUCGUUCAGCACCCAAUACUUUGAUUUUCUGCUCAUCGUCACCAUUUCAGUCUUCUCGUUUGGUGCUAUUUUUCUGAUUCUCUGGGCAGACUUUUUGUUAAAUUCAGUUAGACCAGGAUCCAGGAAGAGAACGUAA